AUGGCUUUGAAGGUUGCAGUGAUCGGUGCGAAUGGUCGUGUUGGCCAGCUCUUGUGCAAGCUGCUGAAAACCUCGGACGACUUUGAACCCCUUGCCGUUGUUAGGACGGCCGAGCAGAAGGAGUAUUUCGAACGGGAACUGGGAAUAGAGGCCAGUUUGACUAGCAUUGAAGAAAGCUCUGUAGACGAGAUAGGCGCGGCGCUACGGAGCCAGGAUGCUGUGGUUUGGACUGCUGGAGCGGGAGGCAAGGGCGUGGAGCGGAUAUUCACGGUAGACCUGGACGGCGCGAUGAAGGCGAUCGAGGCGUGCCAGAAAUGCAAAAUCGAUCGGUUCGUGAUGGUCUCUGCGGUCAACGCCAACAACCGCGAGAUGUUUUGGAACACCAAGCUGCGGAACUACUACAUUGCCAAGCGGACGGCCGACGCGAUAUUGCGUGGGUCGGGACUGCAGUACACUAUUUUGCAACCGGGGUCGUUGCUUUCCGAGAGUGGGACGGGCCAGCUGUGUCCAUUGGGUGCGCUGGAGGACAAGAAAUCGGCAUGGUAUGCGAUCCAGCGGGAAGACGUUGCUCAGUUUAUCAAAUUGGCCCUAGAGCACCCUGAGAGGACUAUACACAAGACGAUCCCACUGGCCAAUGGAGACAUGUCGAUGCGCGACUUUUUAGCCACACUUUGA